UCUCUCUCUGUCUUGGAGAGGAUCAGUUCAAUUCCCGAGGAUUUGCUUUGCUCUUCUUGUUUGUUUGUUUAUUUGUUUGUAUGUUUUGUUUUUGUGUCUGGUCCUUUCUUUUCUGUGCUUCUUUUUUGUCUGCUUCAGUGGGAUUUCACAACCAAAAAGUUAAAAAGAGUGACGAAAGCCAAGCUUCCUAUAUUGUCUCCUACAUAUAUAUCUCUAAGCUACCAUCUGGCUGAUUGGUGGAUAUACGAGGUUUACUUGAUCAACCAGAUCUGUGUGCAGCAGUUUUAGCUUCCAUAGGGUGUUGUCACCGUACAAGAUUACCAAGGUUUUGGAUAACUAUACGGAGAAGAUGAAUACUUUUUCACAUGUACCCCCGGGCUUUAGAUUCCACCCCACGGAUGAAGAACUUGUCGAUUAUUAUCUUAGAAAGAAGAUUGCUUCGAAAAGGAUUGACCUUGAUGUCAUCAAAGAUGUUGAUCUUUAUAAGAUUGAGCCGUGGGAUCUUCAAGAAUUGUGCAAAAUAGGAGCUGAUGAUCAGAAUGAAUGGUACUUUUUUAGCCACAAAGACAAGAAGUACCCUACUGGAACUCGAACCAAUAGGGCGACAAAAGCCGGAUUCUGGAAAGCUACAGGAAGAGAUAAGGCUAUUUACUCAAGGAACAUCCUCAUUGGCAUGAGAAAGACCUUAGUCUUUUACAAAGGCCGUGCUCCAAAUGGACAAAAGUCAGAUUGGAUAAUGCACGAGUAUCGACUAGAAACUAGUGAGAAUGGAACUCCUCAGGAAGAAGGAUGGGUUGUGUGUAGGGUGUUCAAGAAGAGAUUGGCAACAGUGAGGAAAAUAGGUGAUUAUGAGUCACCAUGUUGGUAUGACCAAGUCUCAUUCAUGCCAGAACUUGAGUCUCCAAGGAGAUCAAUUUCCCACCCUUAUGCCUCACCAUAUCACCAGCAGCAGCAGCACUAUUCCCAGUGCAAACAAGAGCUUGAUUUGCAGUACAACAUGCCACAUCUUCACCACCAUGAUUCUUUCCUCCAGCUCCCUCAAUUAGAAAGCCCCAAGGUUCCUCAGUCAGCCCCAUAUGGUUCAAUGUUGCAGUCUUCCACACUCACACAAGAAGAGCAAUUGCAGCAGCACAUCAAUCAGCAGCAAAACAUGUUCAACUCAUCGUCGUCGUCAUUGGUGCUUUACAACAAUAAUGAUCAGCAAUCUGUUGAUCAGGUGACCGAUUGGCGUGUGCUCGACAAGUUUGUUGCGUCGCAGCUGAGCCAGGACCAGCAAGAUGCUUCCAAGGAAGUUACAAAUUACUCCAAUGCAGCAUCAAUGUUUCAUGUGGCCAACAUGCUGGCCAAUGAGUCUUCCAGAAGGCCAGACAAUGAAAAUUUGGGGCAGGACUAUGCCUCAACAUCCACCUCUAGUUGCCAAAUUGAUCUGUGGAAAUGAUCAGAACAUGAAUAUUACAUAUAAUUAGCCAAUACAUGAUACUAAUUAAUCUUAGGAGGUACAGUACUUCAAAGGGAUCAAGAAAACACAAUAUUAUUAUAAUCCAGCUGCUGUACAUAAGAAAACACAAUGCUAUUUCUCUACCCUAUUCGACUUUUGUGCCCUUUGAUGUUUUAAUGAAAUACUAGGCAGCUAGCUAGGUAGAACGUAUAUGUUUAAUUACAAAAUAACUUAGUCAAGACUACGUGGAUUGUAUGGCGUAGCAGUACUUGUUGAACUAUCUGGCCAAUAUAUUUGUUGAAUGUAUUUUCGUUAUUUCGCAUGGCCCAGUAUUCUGUUUGAUUAUUAUGAUUUACUGAGUAAAACUCUCUGUCUACAUGAAGCACGCAGCAGCAGUGACACAACGAUUCCUCUUUACUUUAUGAGAAAUAAUGUAAUCAAUUGUGUGUGUGUGUAUUUUUUUUAUCAUAAAAUCAAUUGUUUCCAGACUAAAUGACUUGGUAGCAUUCUUGGUAUGUGAUUGUCCUGAGAUAUUUUUGGAACAUACAAUUUUGUUAAGUACUUUGAAAGAACAUGAUGAUCAUACGGUGGGCAUAAAUGAAAGGUAGAAGACUGAGUGGCUUAAUUGAUUGUGGCACAUUGUUUCGAAAAUGCUCUUAAUUCGUAUAAUUAAUAUUUGAGCAAGACUUGGGAACUGCCACUUGUAGUUUGCGAAAUUGAAAGAGAAAUCAAAGUAAGGAUCAUAAGAGAGUAAGCUGGCGAAGAAAGGUUUUGUCUUCCUGGAAAUUCGUAUAUGCUGAGGAAAGGUUCUGUCUUUGCAGAAUGUUAGCAUAUGUUGGCCUAAGUAUCCAACUUUUGAUAAUAGAAUUAGAGUAUCGAAUUCAAAACU